AUGGCCGACGUGGCUCAGAACUCGCAGCGCCAGCCCAAGCCAGCGCCGUCCUCGACUCUGGCUGUUCCCACCCCGAGCCUUGCCAUCCCCGAUUCCGCCACUCCGGCGCAAAGAGCUCGUCAACAUGGCCUGUCCCUAGACACGUUCUCUCCUGUCACGCAGUAUGGCAGCUACGAGUUCGAUCGCAUCAUCAAGAGCGGCGAAGUGCACAAGCGGACUCGAAAGACGAAGUCCUGGAAACCAAUAUGGAUGGUGCUUCGACCGAACCUGCUAUCAAUCUACAAAGACAAGGGCGAGGCGAGAUUGAAACAUCAAAUCACCCUGUCUGAGCUUACUGCGGUGGCGCGGCAGAAAGAUCCCAAGCGUAGAGACAAGCACAUAUUCGGAUUGUUCUCCCCUUCGCGAAACUACCAUUUGGAGGCGUCGUCGGACAAGGAGGCACACGAUUGGGUGGAGUCAAUACGGAGAGAGGCGAGGAUGGAUGAGCAAGAGGCGGAAAUGUAUCUGGCCAGUCCGGGCGGCGCCAAUGCUCCCUGGCAGGGGUUUGAACGAAGCAUAGACGCCCAUAUCAGUCCCUCGGCGGAUGAACGGGCAGCAGGAUACAGCUCUUCAGAUGCAGAGGCGUUUGGGCAGUCACAACCACUUCCUAAACGAAGGGACCACGCACGUCGGAGUCCAAACAAUCGAGUCACCUCGGGACUGGAAUACUCUGGGGCGGAACAUGGUUCCUUCUCAGACUUCUCAGAUUCUGGAGGUAUUGGCGCCACUGCGCGCAUGUCUGCUCUGUCACUAGCCAACACCGAUCCGCGACCUUCGACAAGCAGCACCCAGACACCGCAAGUAAAUUCUGUCUACGGACCAGCACCCACACGACCUUCCAUGGGUGCUCGCAACCCAAGUCAAAUGUCCGGCAUCGGUCUGGGCGGCGAAGAGCGCAAAACACCAACAGCAGCCGACGAAGAGCGGAUCAUCUACCACGGCUGGAUCUACCUCCUGAAGUCGAGAUCAGGCGUCCGACAGUGGAAGAAAGUCUGGAUGGUCCUCCGGCCCAAACAACUCGCCUUCUACAAGAACGACGAAGAAUACACCGCACAACUCAUCCUCCCCUUCCCCAGCAUCAUCGACGUCGUCGAGAUCGAUCCCAUAUCCAAAAGCAAAACCGCGUGCAUGCAGAUCAUCAGCGAGGAGCGGAAUUAUCGCUUCUGUGCUAUGGACGAGGAGUCGCUGGCGAAAUGGCUGGGUGCUUUCAAGAGCUUGCUGUCGAAGCGAAAGGCGAAGGUGGCUGGUAGUGGUGCAGCUGGCGGCGCUACGACUUGA